AUGCUAAAAGUUGAUUUCAUAUGCCAUAGUAUAAUGAUUAAUGGGAAUAUUUUGAUUUCAGGAUAUUUUAAAAGAAAUCUUUUGUUAUACUCAAUUGAUAUUGACUCUUUCUCGAUAAUUCCUUAUAAGUUUGCAGAAUAUAAAAGAAAGAUCCUGAUAAAUGCAGAGAGUCUUUAUUUGAUUGAAUGCCUUGGAUCAAUCUAUAAAAGCGAAUUUAGAAGUUACACGAAUUGGAGACCAGUAAAAAAGCAGAAACCUAUUGCACUAUUUCUCAAGUGUAUUGUUCAUAUAAUAAAGGGUUUAUAUACAUUGGAAUAG